AUGUUCGGGAGGAUCUCCACAUUCAAAUCUGAGGAAUAUGGAAUGAAAGGAGCUCGGUGGCGUGGAACCAGGAUGUCAAGGAUGCCGGAUACAAGGGUCGGGAGGAUUUUAAUUCAAAUGAUAUCGUUGGCAUCUGGGAUCCAGAAGGUUCGAGGAAGAACCAGGACUUCAAGCGCAAGGAUUGGCAGGAUUUCGAGAUAUCACAUGUCAGGAAUAUGGUGUGAGAAGAAGCCCGUCUAUGGUUGCGUCAAUACCAAGACCAAUUUGGAUCUUCAAGAUACAAUUUGCCAAGUCGGUGAUGACUUCAAAGAUUCCAAAAAGACACGUCAGGACAUCAGGACUCCGCCUGGAUAUCAGAACUAUUUUGAACUCGACUUUCUGUGUUAUUUUUACAUUUUUGUUUUUUCGCGCGUUUCGGUUCUCGUUGUCUGUCGUGUCUUUCGUUCUUCGUUGUUGGGAUAG